UGCUUUACGCAGAGUACGUAGAGUGGAAAGCGCAAAUACGAAUUUUACUCUAGUUUAGUAAAAUGGCGGAGCAAAAGGAAGAAGACGCUAUUCAACUACAUCAGGAGGCCGUCGAUAAAAAUAGCGAUGGAGGUCCUCAACGCACAGCGAUCAACCCGGAGGAGAAGAGCAAAGACCUGGUCGAUAUUCCUGCUACACCAGCCAGUAGCGCAAAAACGGAGUCAUCUUCUGACAAUGAGAGAAACGCGUCUGUGUCUUCCUCUGAGAGACAUGUAUCGAUUCAGACUGAGCUGGAGGGCCUGGAAAAGCUGGUAGACCUUAAUGGAGCUGGCAGAAAGAACUGCCCACUUUGUCCAGAGGAAAAGUUCAAAGCUUGUUACAGUCACAAACUACGGCGCCACCUACAGAACCUACACUGGAAGGUCUACGUGGAGUUUGAAGGUCAGAGAAUGUGCAUCUGUCACCUGCCCUGCAGACAGCUGAAGCCCAGCCCCAAUGGAGACCAGGCCACUGGUCGGUUGGUAGCCCAUUAUCACUGCGUGGUUUGCUCAGUGACCAUUGCCCGCAAGACUGACAUGAUCAGCCACCUCAAGCGCCACGUGAACAAGGGCGAGACUGAGGCCAGCUACACUGGGAGCGCGGAGGUGCCUUUUGAGGAUCCAGUUCCUUCUGGACAGACCUAUGAAAUAAUGAAAGAAUUGGGGACCAAUGUUCAGCUCCUUCCGAACUACACCACCCCGCAGAAGAGUGACACAUACUUCAACCGGAAAAUGAAAAUGAACAGACAGCUUGUGUUCUGCUCGUUGGCAGUUCUGGCAGGAGAGAGAAACCCUCUUGAGUGUCUCGAUGCCUUUGGUGCCACAGGCAUCAUGGGUCUACAGUGGGCUAAGCAUCUUCGCAACUCGGUCAAGGUGACCAUCAAUGACAUCAACGAGGCCUGCGUUAAAAUGAUCCGGGAAAACUGCCACCUCAACAACAUCCGAGUGGAAGGCAAUCGAGGGUCCCGGCACGCCGACGAUGCCGGCAAUGCCAAAGAUGCACCCGUCGCGUCGGUGGAGGUCGUCAAGAUGGAUGCCAAUGUUGUUAUGCACUUGCGCCCUUUCGACUACAUACACCUGGACCCCUUUGGGACAGCAGUGAACUACCUAGAUGCGGCCUUUCGGAACGUGCGCAACCUUGGCAUCGUGUCGGUGACGUCCACCGACACGGGGUCGCUGUACUCCAAGGCCCCGAACGUCACCCUGCGGCACUACGGCUGCCAGAUUGUGAGGACGGAGUACUACAAGGAGCUGGCCGCACGCAUGGUCGUCGCUACGGUGGCAAGGGCGGCCGCGCGCUGCAACAAGGGCAUAGAGGUGCUGCUGGCCGUCGCCGUCGAGCACUUCGUCCUGGUGGUGGUGCGGCUGCUGCGGGGCCCCACGCAGGCCGACGAGGCGGUGAAGAAGAUACGGCAGCUCCUGCACUGUCAGUGGUGUGAGGAGAGGGUCUUCCUGAAGCCCGGGAGCAUGGUGGAAGAGAGCCUAUACAGACAGCUACCCUGCAGCUGCCAUGGGAGCAUGCCGGGAAAGACGGCUGUGGAGCUGGGCCCCCUCUGGGCAGGUCCCCUUUUCAACACGGGCUUCCUCCGCCGCAUGCUGGCCGCAGCCGUGCAGUACAGCAUGGAUGACGUGCAGCCGCUGGUGAAGACGCUCAUCUGCGAGUCGGAGUGCACCACCCUCAAGUCCUUCUCUGUCCACGGCCCCACACUGCACGCCAAUCAGGUGGAAUGCGGUGUGGUCAUUAAAACGGUACAGAAGGCAGAGGACACAGCCUCAGUGGACCAAUCAGGGAAGAGGAAGACGACUGAGGAGUCCGGGAACGUGCUGAAGAAAGCAAAGUCGGAGACGUCGAUGGAGCACCCGGCGUUCUACUACAGCAUCCACCGGCACAGCAUCCGCGGCAUGAACAUGCCCAAGUUGAACAAAUUUCUCCAGUACCUGACAGAGGCAGGAUUCCGGGUCAGCCGGACCCACUUCGACCCGACGGGGGUGCGCACCGACGCCACCCUGAGCCAGUUCAAGGCAGUGCUGACCAAGUACAGCGUGCCCACCUACUCCGCCACGCAGGUGGGGGCCCGCAGCCUGAGUGUCGACGAGUGCUGCCGGCCCGUGGAGUGACCCCUCCCCCCGGGUGGCCUUGCGUGGUCCUGAGAUGAUGAACACGUUCUUACUGCACUGAUACUUUCCCUUUAUUGUGAUUUUAUUUUUAUAAUAUUUCUUCUUUUAAAGCGCUGUAGCUUAUCAGCCUUUUUUUAAAGGGGUCUUUUACUUUUUUUCUUUGCAUCACAAAGACCAAACACUGUUUUGAAACCACAGCCCAGACUCUCUCUGAUUGUGCCCUGAGUUAUGAAGUACGCUUUACCGAGCAGGUGACCCUUUCCCACGCUUUUGGAGGCUGGUGGCCCCCCACCUUUACCGGGUCUCCCAACGCGGAGACCCAAGGGUCAGCUUGAGCCCUUCCUCUUAGGAGUGAGCUGUGAAGAACCCAACUUAUUUUAAUGCUAUGGAGACUGGAUGGGGUCCUGCUAUAUUGCUUGGUUUUAUGGUAAUUUCAGAAAGAUACAUUAAACAUGGAUGUGAAAUACAUGGUGAUAUUUACUUUAUAAGUGAAGCUGUGAAGCAUACUGUUGUUGCAUUCGUAUCACGACGCCUUUUCCCUAAUAGGGGCGUCUUGGUGGUUUUGUGGUUGUAACUGUGGCCUCACACCUCCAGACUGUGCGCUUGUGGGUUUCCUCUCACCUCAGAAUCAUGGUUCGGGUGAAUUUGUGAGAGUGGCUGUCCGUCCCCUGCCUGUCCAGCUGUACCUGCCGACAUCGGCCUUCCUUAACCUGCACUAGAAAGACCGAUGGAUCGUUCUUGUGCAGUAUUUAAAAUGAAUACGUCACCGUUAAUCUGUUCUAUUUCAUAAACAGAAAGCAGCUCUCAAAAGCCGGUCAGCUACGUCCUUCAAGGUGAAGAUCAGGCAUUUCAGCCUUUUUUUUCUUCUUUUUCCCUAUAUAGAGUAUGUGAAAAUUAGAAAAUCCAUUGGCAUUGAUUUCAACUGCACACUGCAACUCUCAGCGCAGCUUCUGUUUAAGUCGAACUCUUACAGCCUAUUUUUUUUUUGUUGAAAUACGUGCACUGCUUUGCCCGCCACAAGCACUCAGUUUGGUCGCACAAUACCACAGGGCAACACUCAACCGCCAGCUAAUUAUUUUGAAAUUAGUUAUUUUAGCGUGUUCAGUUACUGCUAUUUUAGGUCUGUUUCUUUCCAUACAUGGUGUGCACAGCACAGCAUAUCCAUCUUUAGUGGUCAAGCACACACAUUCAUAUAAAUAAAGCCAGUGCCAUCGUACCUGAUUCUGGGGCUGUGAGUACUCUGCCAGCUUGCUGUUCAAUUAACAGGGGAUGGAUAAGAGGUAAAUGAGAUAUAACAGAUUUUGACAACCCAUUCUCUCCUCUAAUGCUUCAACAGUGUCCAAAAUAAAGGAUUAAUUCUUGUA